AUGUCCUAUGGGACCGCGGGCAAAUCAGCGGCCAGCGGAGCCUGGGGGAGAGCCCUGGCUCUUGGAGGAGCCGCUCUGGUCUCCGCUGCAGCUGCAGCUGGUCUGGUGGCCAAUGCUAGUCACUUCCAGCGGGCCGAAAUGGCAACGAGUGUUCUUAUCCCAGAAGUGCGGGAGCAGGAGGGAGACAUCCUGGACAGAUGCAAGGGCUUCAUGUCUCCUCCAGUCACGGACCUGAACGAGCUGCAGAGGAGAAAGGAUGAGAUGCGGACCAGGAUGGAGAUGCUUAUCAUGGAGACACAGGCUGAAUUUUGUAAAGCUCUGGAGGAGGUGGACGGUGGCAAGUUUAAAGUGGACCGAUGGCAAAGGAAUGAAGGUGGUGGUGGAAUUAGCUGUGUAAUGCAAGAUGGAAAGGUUUUUGAGAAAGCUGGUGUCAAUGUCUCAGUAGUGUCUGGGAACCUGACAGAAGAAGCAGCCCGUCAGAUGAGGAGCAGGGGUAAAGUCCUCAAAGGCAAAGAUGGCAAGUUGCCUUUUGUUGCCAUGGGUGUAAGCUCUGUCAUCCACCCCAAGAACCCCCACAUACCCACUGUUCACUUCAACUAUAGAUACUUCGAGGUUGAAGAGGAGGAUGGCUCCAAGCAGUGGUGGUUUGGGGGAGGCACUGACCUAACUCCAGUUUACAUCAAUAUGGAAGAUGCUGUUCAUUUCCACAAAACCUUAAAGGAUGCUUGCGAUAAACAUCAUUCUCAGCAUUAUGCCAACUUCAAAAAAUGGUGCGACAGAUACUUCUACAUACGGCACAGAGGGGAGACUCGAGGUAUUGGAGGCAUUUUCUUCGAUGACCUGGACUCCCCUAAUCAAGAAGAGGCGUUCAGCUUUGUAAAGAGCUGUGCCCAGACUGUGGUGCCAUGUUUUCUGCCAAUUGUCUACAAACAUCUGAAUGACUCAUUUACACCAGAAGAGAAAGAGUGGCAGCAAGUGCGCAGAGGGAGAUAUGUUGAGUUCAAUCUGGUGUAUGACCGAGGGGUGAAGUUCGGUCUGGCCACACCGGGCUCCAGAAUAGAGAGCAUCCUCAUGUCCCUGCCUCUCACAGCCAGGUGGGAAUACAUGCAUGAGCCUGCCAAAGGGACCCGAGAGGCAGACAUGCUGCAGGUUCUACGAAGCCCAAAGGACUGGGUGUGA